AUGAGCCAUCCUUCAUCAUCGGCUCAUCCUAAGAACAACAACAACAAUAGAAAUAAUUUCUACAGACAACAACAGCAAACAACAGCUUCAUCCUCAUCAUCACAGCAACAUCCUCCAAGAAGAGGAAGUAGUAGUAAUAGUAAUGGUAGCACGGAACAAAGUUAUGGCAGACGAAAUUAUUAUCCACAUCCACCGAAUAACAAAUCAUCAUCGGCAACAACUAUAACGAACGAUAGCAGUAAUGGUCCAGUAGCUAGCGCUGCUAUCGGCAAUGGUGAAAGCACUACUGAUUUGACUUCGAAUCAGGAAUCUAGUCUCGCUGGAGGAUUUAAAAACCGAAAUUCAACAACGACAAAUGUAAAUCAACCACAAAAUUUGGAAGGAUCAGGAAGGAGAUCUCACAACAACAUAUACAAUCAGAAAAUGUACAGAAAGAGGAACACUGAUUCUAGGAGCGUGGAACGUAAUGAAGGCGGACCUCAGGAAAAUGUAAAUAAUAUACAACAACAAGAUGAACCACAUCAACAACAAAAGAGUAGGAACAACGACAAUCAGUCGAAUUACAAGCGUUUUUCAAAUUUCAGACACCAUGACACUAGUGCUUCUAGCCAACCACAACCAACUCAUCACCAAAACGAAAAUGUUCAAUUCUCCAGAAACACUAAUUACAGAAACAGAAAAGGCCAAAACACAGACGAAAACGAAAAAGCUCGACCGAAUGAUGCUAGGCAAAAUUUUAGGAAUCACCGAAGUAGGAAUGCUAAUCAGGCUUCUACACCACAAUCUUCCUCAAACUCUAUUCAAAAACAAAACCCUGAACAAAGUGAUGCCCAGAGCACUCCGAAAGCAAAAUCAAGUGGCUUCUCUGUAUCAUCUGCCGCCUUUUAUCCUUCGUCGAUGACUUCUUCACCACCUGCUAGUUACAACACAUAUUACACGGAUCAGAACAACAACCUUCAAGGAUAUGCCUACCCGUCCACACAACAAGUUGGAGGCUGUGUUUAUUAUUAUCCUCAAAGCAACAACUAUUACCAACCCAAUUCGUAUAAUGCACCAGUGUUGUAUGAGGCCCAAGAGCUAGAGUCCAAUGUGAACCGAGCACACACUAAAUUGUCGACGUCGACAAGCACAUCAAAGCAGAGAAAAGGGCGCAAAAAAGAACAAGUUGAGCAAGAGUCAUCAAGCGACGAGGAUGAAGACGAAACAGAGUCAAUUUCAUCUACUCAACAAAUCCAAAUCAAUUUUGAUGAGGAUGACUACAUUGUCGGAUUUGCGUCAUUUAAUGGAUCUCUUUAUUUUUGUUGGCAACAAGCAUCGAAGGAAUCAGAUUCACAAUCCAAGAUAAGAGAAAUCCUUACACAGAGCUCAAAGUAUAGCACUAAAGGUUCUGAAACACUGUUUUCCACAUGCAUUAAGAACAAAGCUAUUUAUGCAGCCUUGAAGAAAUUUGUUAAAAAGUUGAUUAAGCAAAAUCAACCUUACAAUCCUUACCUCAUUAACUCUCACGCUUCUAUUCUGAUGAAAUCAUUUUUACUUUCUUCAAAUACUUGGUUAGAGUUUUCUGCUAAUCUUCCUGCUAUUUCCAACAAAUUUGCCAAACUCAAGGCAAGGGAGGUUAAAUAUCUAUUAUCAGAAUACUCAACUGAAUGGAAUUAUUUCCAGGAUAUUGACCUAUCCAAAGAGGACGUACUUGACAAAUUUAUCAAAGGGGAUGAAGAGUCCACUGUUGCAUCCUUUAUGGAACGUAUGAAAAAAAGCGAGUUUUCAAAGUUCAAAAGAAGAUCUCAUCUUCUUGUUUGCUCUUGGGUGUGUAAAUGUCCAAAUGGAUUGCAAGAGGUUUUUAUUGAACUCAUCCGAACACUUAAAUCUGUUCACAACACUUUAGGUUUCGUACGAAAACGCUUGAACGAGAUAUUCGAAUCUGAGAAAAAUGAAGCAAAGCCACCUAAAAUGACUAUUUGUGAAUUAGUUGCAAAAAUUGACAACGUUUCUGACUUGACGCCCUUUAAACAAAAAAAGCCCGAGUCUUCAAUAUUCGCAGAGAAACGCUUGUCUGGAUCGAAUUUUAGCGAUACUUUUGUCAAAGAAAUUGCUGUUAUUUUAUGCUUGAACAUUUUCCAAGAUUUGAAAUACAAGUACGAUUUCUCUCACAAGAAGCAGAAGGGAGCAGCAAAUGAUUUCAAAAAGCUUUAUUCUAUUGUGGAUGUGGAGACGCAAAAACAAAAAACAAGCUUUAAUGCUAAAAUUCAAGCAGCCUACAGAGAUCAGAACGAAGCAUCAAUACUUACUCAAGAAGAAAAGGAGAAAUUAAUAGAACAACUGAUACAAUUUAUUACCUUUGACAAGGAGUAUAGAUGCUACCAACGAUACUUCGAUCUACUUAAAACGGAGGAGGACGAAAUUAUCAAGCCCUUCGGCUGGUUUCAAUAUCCAUAUCAGCUUAAGGCAGUAAAAUGGUUGAAAAGGUUAGGAGCUCAAAUUGACUGGGUAGAGAUUUAUCUCAACAGGAUAUAUGCCUCUCCCAAUUUUGACCCAGACAUUUUAAAGCAGAUCGAUAAAGAAUGUGAUAUAUCUGCGAAAUAUUCACUAGAAUCCAAAGACAAUCGACUCUCGUUUCUAGAUCAUCAUGACCGAACAUUCACAAUCGACAAAAAAGGAACAAAAGAUUGUGAUGACGCGCUUACAAUUUUAUAUCAUGACCAAAACUGUAUCCAUAUUGCAGUCCAUGUUACAGAUGUUGCCUCAACCAUUUUAAGAAAUGUUGAUCUUUCUCAAGCUGCAUCUCCAGUCGAUGAAUCCAAGAAAGAAGUCAAAAGAACUCCUCCAGUUAGGACUAAAUUCGCUGAUCAUCCAAUAUUUCAAAGCUCCUUAUUUUCAGAGGCCUCAAAGCGUGUAAUGUCGAUUUACAUACCAGGAGUAGAAGAAACCUAUGCUCCUUGCUUUCCACGACACCUCUCUGAAGAUGCUCUUUCGCUCAUUGGCAAAACACCUAAGGAAGUUAUUUCACAUAUUUUUGUUAUUUUUAAAGAUGGAAGAGUAGAAUUUAAAGGUGUAUUCAAGGGUUUGAUACAAGUAAGCCAGUCUUAUUUCUUUGAGGAAGCAGAUGAAAAAAUCGAAUCACCUCAUGCAGAUCCUUUUUGGAAACAGUUAUAUGACUGUUGCUGUGCUGUUCAUGAUGCACGUUUGAAACAUGGUGCCAAAAAAUUUACACCUGGUGUUGUUCCUCUGGGAGGAGUUGAACUUGUUCUUGAAGAAAAUAAGAAUGGCAGUGACGAUCCAAUAAUUCACGUCAACACUCACCGAACAACUCCUUCCAAGUCCUCAAAAAUUAUUACAGAAUUCAGUAUUUUGCUUAAUGCUACAAUGGCCAGAUACUUCUAUGACAACAGAAUAGCAGGGCUCUACAAAGAAUUCUAUCAAACAUACAACAGAUUGCUUCCAGAAUCGAUAAAAGAUAUGGACAUUGAAGAGUUUGUUGAAGUUGCAUCAAUUUUAGAUCCUGAAGGUAAUGAAACGAAUUAUCUUGCGCAAGGAAAGAAUCACCAAACUGAGAACUAUCAGGCUUUAUUGCGGUUUGAAAAUGAGCUAAAGCAACAAGGAAGUAAGAAGACAACAAAUAUUAGCAAAAUAACGACAAACCCAACAAAAUUUUACCAAAAUAUCAUUGGUGUAGAGUUAUACAUGCAACUUUCUUCACCAUUGCGGAGAUGGCUUGAUUUAGUUUUGCAGGUUCAAUUAGUGCAUUAUUUGAAUACAAUUGAGUCCGGAGCCACAUGGACAGGAAUUGAAAACAGUUUAUUCAGCGAGGAGGUUUUACAUUAUUGGAGCGAAAAAGUUUCAGACAAGAUUGAAACAGUUAAAGAAAUGGAAAAACAAGUGCUCUAUCACUACUUCCUUAAAUUUUUAAAGAACAAGAUGGAAUCUUGUAAUAAUGAGCACUAUAUUUUGGAGUGCGUUUCUGAAAUUAAUUUCAGAAAAGGUAAAAGAUUAUCUCACUCACAUCAUGACAAUACCGCAACGAACGCGCAUAGAGAUUACAACAAUUUAAUCAGCAGAAAUAAGCCAGUGUUCACACAAUUGUUACGUUUAAGAUUGGUGAAGUAUAAUUACUUUGCUAUUGAGGCCUAUGUGACAAGCAAUACGAUCGAUAUGGAUGACAUGACCACAAUUAAGGUAAUUGAUAUUGAUACCUAUUGUCACACCAUUUCUGCAGAGUAUGUAAAGUGA